AUUCUUCAAAUGCAAACCAAUCAGGUUAUUGGAUAGAAUAUGACUGGUUCUCCCGCCAACUGGGUUUGUUUGUGGUUCUUCUAGGCUUCUCGGUCGAAUAAGGAUUUUUGCAAACACUAGUGAAGAAAAGUCUUAUUCAAGGGAAACAAAAUGUAGAAAGAAGAUCCAUGGUUUUCUUUCAUAACAUCAAUUCUGGGGCUCGUGUGCAAGUGAGAUGGCGAGGAGAGAUCGAAAACGGGACAAUCCGAUAUGCGGGAAGCUUGGUGGCGAAAGAUGGCGAAUGGGUUGGCAUUGAACUAGACAAUAGAGUUGGUAAUACAAGCGGCCUGUACAAGGGGAUCCAGUACUUUCACUGUAGAGAUGGCCAUGGAAUAUUCACACAUGCAAGAAACAUCAGAUUCAUUCCAAGUCAAAGAAAGUUACAUGAUACAUUCAAGGUAGUUUCCAGGACCUCAUCUGUUGAUGAGACUCUCUUUUCUAAAACUGAAGUGACCCCAGUGAAGAGUUACUCUGACCCUGAAGUCAUAAGCACUAAGCAUCUGGACAGGAUCAAAACAAUGAUUCAAGGGGAAUUUUCUUGGCCUGAACCGAAAACCCGGUUUAACAAAAGCCAUUUAGUUGGAGCUCACAUCCCAUCAGCAACAAGAGAGAGAAGUCUGUCAGCAACUACCUUCAAGCCAGAGGAAGACUACAGCUUUAACAAACACUUCAUUUCUCCUUCAUCAAUUCCAAACAUUCAUGUACCUAGGCCCAUUUUAAAGAGAAUGUUAAGAUCUGAAUACUUUGGGACAACAAUUCCAAGGUAUUCUAGUCUUUCAUAAGAGGGGACCUUGGUCAGUAGUGUGUUGUAGAGGCAGAGUAAGACUACCAUUACUUUCCUAGGAGUUUCCUUCCAGUACCAUUCUGCUACUGUUUACGAGCCACCCUACCAAAAUUAAUCAAUCAUAGUGUGCCUCCUGCUUCCAGUAUGUCUAUUUUUUGUGUUUUGUUUUUGUAUUUUUUGUUGUUAUUGUAAAUUGUGUUACAUAGUUCACGUUAAAUACUGGGUACCUAGUUAGGUGCUGACUAUCGGCCACUUACAUCAGACAAGAUGAUUUUGUACGUGUUG